GGCACGCACGCGAUUUUUCUCUCUUUCCUUCCGUUUGUUUAGCCCCUCACCGCUUCUUCUUCCUCGUCCCCUCCCCCCUCUUGCGCCCAACUAGUACCACCCUCGUCUCCACCCGUCCCCUCUCCCGCACGCUCGCGGCCCGGCACGGAAAUUAGGGAACCUGCGCGCCUUUCCCUUUCGGGAAAACUCCUCCCCAUCCUUCCCGCGGCGGCGGCCUUCCGUUCUCCCCUCUCCCCGCGGUGACCCGCGCGGGGCCGUGGUCCCACCUCUCGGGCGGGAUUUGUCGGGCCGAGGCGGCCGCUGCGAGCCCGCGACUGUGCGGUGCCGGCCGCUGAAUCGGGCGGGCUGACUAGGAGGAGGAGGAGGGGGAGGGGGAUGCUGCGGUGGGCCGUGAUCUUAUCCCAAGCGCGUGGCUAGGUUUCGGGCGGGGAUGGAAGGUGCGAGGGCGGCGGAGUUGGCCGCCGGCGGCGGGGAUGUGCAGGUUAAGGGCGGCAAGGAGGGCGGCCAGGCCGCGCAGCAGCAGCUGCCGGUGGGCAGCGAGCCGGUCGAGAUGCCCGCCACGCCGCUGCCGCACGCCCGCGAAAUCGAGUGGUCCGAGCAUUUCUCCUUCUUCAACUCCAUGGGCACCGGCACGGACGGCGUGAUGGGGCCGGCCAGCGUCGGCAUGUCGCGCUCCGAGUCGUCCAGGCCCGGCAGCGUCACCCAGCAGCAGCAGCAGCGCUGCCUGGCGGGCAGCAACGCCGACGAGAGGGUGGAGGAGCUCACCGUGAGGAACUGCAUCAGCUCCGAGGCUCACCAGCCUGCUGCCUCUGCCGGCGGGAGCACUGGCGGCACUGGGGACAGGCCUGCCGUUAUGCGGGGCCUCUGGGGUAACUUCACAAGGAUGGCGUGGAGGACCGCCGAUGCCGCUAGCAGGGAAGCCUUGGCCGUCAGCCUUGGCAACGCCAUGGGGUCUCACAACGUUGAUGCUUCUGGCAAGGGAAUGCCGUUUGGCCGCGGCGAAAAUGGUAGUACCGAGUUCAAUAUGUCAUUUGGUAAUCAGCAGCAGCAGCAUAUCUUGUCUUCACGGCCGAAACAGAGUGAGCAGCAGCAUGUCUUGUCUUCACGGCAGAAUCAGAGCGAGCAGCAUGUCCUGUCUUCACGUCCGAACCAAAGCAGCCAGCAUGUCCUGUCUUCACUGCCAAAUCAGAGCGAGCAGCAUGUCCUGUCUUCACGUCCGAAUCAGAGCGAGCAGCAUCUCCCGUCUUCACGGCUUAAUCAGAGCGGGCAGCAUGUCCUGUAUUCACGGCCAAAUCAGAGCGAGCACGGACGAAUCAAAGCGAGCAGCAUAUCCUGUCUUCACGGCCGAAUCAAAGUGAGCAGCAUGUCCUGUCUUCACGGCCGAAUCAAAGCGAGCAGCAUAUCCUGUCUUCACGGCCGAAUCAAAAUGAGCAGCGGUCUGAAAGGGAUAAUGGUCUGAAAGUGAGUAGCUUCUCAAAUAGAAUUAUUGACCAGAUGAGGAGUAAGACUUUGACACCUUCAUCUGGGCUUCAGGGUUCCCCCUUUAAGCCUGUAUUGAAGGGUAAAAGGGUUACCUACCAAGGUUCACACGAGCAGAUCCAAGUUCAAGCUAAUGCAAGACCCAGAGCCCCUAUGGAUAAGAUCCCUAAGAUUCCUAGCUCAACACACGAUUCUGUGGCCAGAUUGGAUGGUACACCUUUCAGCAGUGGUGGAAAUGUUUCCGAAUCUCAGUAUGAGGGAACAAGCCUGAGGGAACUAAUUAAGCCCGCACGCCAAGCAAUGAGCAAGUUUGAGAAAAUGCAGUUGUUUAAGCAGAUCCUUGAUCAUGUAGACAAAUCCCAUGCUCAGGGUGUAACCUUACAGCAUUUGCGCCCGUCGUAUUUUAUACUUUCAUCCCCAAACCAAGUAAGAUAUACCGGUUCUUACACUAAACAAGAUUUAUCAACCCCAGCCAAACCGGAUAUGGCCGCAGAUGAUGUUUUUAACAGAAAACGAUGCUUCGAUCAGAAAACUUUGCACCAAGAGUGUAAUGGCAAUGGACAUUCAAUCCUGAAGUAUCAGAAGGUUGGUGAACAAGGUUCUGCUGCCGUCAGGAGACCGAUACAUCCCUUCCGGACUGACCACAAAGGGGCCAACCAAAGUGAAGGUGCUGAUCUAGGUGCUUCAGGACAGGGAAAUUCUAGUUGCACCGUCGGAGGUCGUUCUAAGUUUGGCGAACCUUACUAUGGUGGUAAUGCAUCUUAUGGCCAACGUUUUCCUAAUUAUGGCAACCAAGAAUCAGUACUUGAAUUGAGGAUGCUAGAAGAUAGCUGGUACAGAAGCCCGGAAGAGCUCAAUCAAGUGAAAGGCACAUCCCCAUCCAACAUCUACAGCCUUGGGGUUCUUUUAUUUGAGCUCUUUUGCUGUUGUGAAACAUGGGAGCUGCAUUGUGCUGCAAUGUCAGAUCUUCGCCACCGGAUCCUGCCUCCAAUUUUUCUUUCAGAAAGUCCCAAGGAGGCUGGCUUCUGCCUUUGGCUAUUGCAUCCGGAUCCUUUUUCUCGACCAAAAGCAAGAGACAUUCUAGGAUGUGACUUGAUAAAUGAGGGUCGGGAUUUAUCGGUGUUAGAUAAGGCACCAGCUGCUAUCAAUGAGGAGGACACAGAGUCUGGUUUGUUACUGAAUUUUCUGUCUCAACUGAAAGAAGAAAAGGAGAUGCAUGCUGCCAAGUUAUCAGCAGAUCUUGCAAGCUUGCAGACUGAUAUUGUAGAGGCUGAGAGAAGACACUCGUUUAGGAUGGGGUUCAGUUUAGAGGACAUGGAUGUACCAGCAAGUUCUAAUGAUGUGCCAGGUACUUCAUCAAAUGCCCUGAGAGGGGCAUUGUUGUCAGGAGGCAGGUCAGGCAUAUACGAGGAGAGGGUGAUGAAGAAUUUGCAGCAGCUUGAAAAUGCAUAUUACUCCACGAGGUCCACCAUUGACACAUCUGAGACUAAUGUAAUUAAGCGUUCCGAUAAUGAUGCUUUGAGGGUCCGUGAAAACUUUAACCACAGUGAUGCCGAUGCUAUGAAUGGGCCAACAGACCGCCUUGGAUGCUUUUUUGAUGGUCUAUGCAAAUAUGCCCGGCAUAGUAGGUUUGAAGUACGAGGGAUUUUGAAGAAUGCUGAUAUACUUAACUCUCCAAAUGUGAUCUGUUCUUUAAGUUUUGACCGUGAUGAAGAAUAUUUUGCUGCUGCUGGGGUUUCAAAGAAAAUUAAAAUAUUCGAAUUCGAUGCUCUUUUAAAUGAUCGUGUUGAUAUUCAUUAUCCUAUAGUAGAGAUGCCUAGCAAGUCCAAGCUUAGUUGUGUCUGUUGGAACAACUAUAUAAAGAACUACCUGGCAUCAACAGACUAUGAUGGCACUGUUCAGCUAUGGGAUGCAAGCACUGGCCAAGGAUUCACACAGUUUACAGAGCAUCGGAAAAGAGCUUGGUCUGUGAGUUUCUCAGAGGUGGAUCCAACUAAAUUGGCAAGUGGGAGUGACGAUUGUUGUGUGAAAGUUUGGAAUAUUAACCAGAAAAAUAGCGUGGACACAAUAAGAAAUGUGGCCAAUGUAUGCUGUGUACAGUUCUCGCCAUACUCCUCUCGUAUGUUAGCCUUUGGCUCAGCUGAUUACAAGACAUACUGUUAUGAUCUGAGGCAUACAAGGAUCCCCUGGUGUACCAUUUCUGGACACGGGAAAGCUGUCAGCUAUGUAAGAUUCUUGGAUGCAGAAACGCUUAUAUCUGCCUCAACUGACAAUACCUUGAAGAUAUGGGAUCUCAACCGGACUAAUCCUAAUGGAUUAUCUACUAAUGCUUGCAGUCUGACUUUGAGUGGUCAUACCAACGAGAAGAAUUUUGUAGGCUUAUCCGUUCACGAUGGAUACAUAACGUGCGGUUCUGAAAACAAUGAAGUAUAUUCUUACUAUAAAAGCUUUCCCAUGCCAAUAACUUCUCACAAGUUUGGUUCAAUCGAUCCAAUAACCGGACAAGAGACCAAUGAUGAUAAUCAGCAGUUUGUGUCGAGCGUUUGCUGGAGAGGAAGGUCGAAUAUGGUGGUGGCUGCCAACUCUAGUGGAAGCAUCAAAGUCCUUGAGCUUGUUUGAAUGAUCCGUUGAGCAAGUUACAGGAUGAGAGUAUCUGAAUGGCCGUGAUUGCCAUGUUUCUUUGCUGACCAUAUGUUUCCUCGAGCGUUCUUCCUUGCCAACAAACAACUAUUAUGCAUCAACACAUGUCGAGGCCGGGCAACAAAGCGGUGGAAACACACUUGCGCACUUCAAGCAACACACAACCCUGGCCGUUGAUGUUCGCUUGAAACUCCCAAUGAAGUGUGCAACUGGAGGGAGUGAAAGGCCUCGGCUACUCUGAAAGGUAAACUUUGUAAGGCGCUUUGACAUAGUACUAGUCCGCAUUUCAGCGAGGGCCUAGGGCUAGGUUUCUGUACAGAUUUAUGUAUGGGCUUCGAGGGCCGCGUAUUUACUUUUGAGCUAGAGCCUUACAUGCUAUGUUGGCCCGAUCCGAUCCGCAUCUCACGGGAAUCGACGCAGUUUUGAUGUGCAACGACUAACAGUCUAGUAUGACGGUCAAAGCAAAGCUGCGGAAGGUGACAUUGUUGUCUGAAGGAGUUGAUCACGCAUCCUGAUCUGUGCGAGUGAUGCAACGAGGGUUUGUCUAUGCCUACUAUUUUUUGUAGUCCCCUUAUUUGAAUGAAUAGAGUAAUAUAUAUGAAUAUAUAUGAUUACUGUAUAUAACAAUAUACCUUCCCGAGUUCAGAAAUUGCCACGUCGAAGGGAAGAAAAACGAAUGAACGAUUUGGGCAGGGAAUGCAAGUCUAUGUAUGGGUGUUGGUUGUUGUUGAUA